AUGGGUAGUCGCGAGCCAGACCAACCCAUACGUUAUCCCCAGUAUGCUCAGCUCUCAAAGAGAGAAGCUACUUUUGAGCAGGGAUGGCCAGAACCUCUCUUAAGCAAAAUACCAGACAUAGCUCGAGCCGGGUUUUACUACAGGGGAGUAAAAGAUAACGCCACCUGUUUUCAUUGUGGGAUGACUUUAACUAAUUGGGAUCUUGAGGACAAUCCGUAUGCAGAACAUGCUUAUUGGAACCCCAAUUGUCCUUACAUCAAUCAGUAUAAAGGACGAAGCUGGGUGAUGGGUAUAUUUGUCAGGUUCUUAGAGAAGCAGGGAUAUAAACCUUUAAUUGAGAUCAAACCUCUACUGAACCCAGAAUCAGACGUUCAGGCUCGAGGAAAAUGUCACAUUUGUUUAGACCAGGAAUUAGAAAUCGCUUUUCUACCUUGUGGACACAAUUUAUUUGAUCGAGCCGCCUCUCAUCGCACCAUUAGUUUGAAUGCUCAUUAUUUAGUCUUAUUCAAAAAUCCCAGAGACAAAUCUCAGAUCAGUGUGUUGAGUCGUCAGCUAGCUUUGCCUCAUUUGAUGUCUGCUUAUCAAGAAGCCACCCAGGUGCCUCACGGAUAUCUCCUCGUGGACCUGAGUCCUCAGACCCCAGACGAAUACCGAUUAAGAAGUCGAAUGUUUGAAAUGUUGACUGUACACAUGCCUCAAGAGUAUAAAUAA